GGAUCUACUGUCAGUAAAUUUAACCUGGGUGGCGCAGUUAACAAUCUGCGAGAAGAUGGAGACUUUUUACAGUUCUCUGGGUUUAGACUGGAUCAAUGGCAGCAGUGUUUUAAUAUUUGUGUGUGUUUUUCUGCUGUGGUUCGAUGUUUGGAAGAACAGAGUCCCAAAAAACUUCCCUCCAGGUCCAUGGUCUCUGCCUGUGAUUGGAGACCUUCACCGCAUCAGACCCUCCAGACUUCACCUGCAGCUGACUGAGUUUGCAGAGAAAUAUGGAAACGUUUACAGCCUUCGUCUGUUUGGUGGAAGGACUGUGAUCGUUACAGGCUACAAACUGGUGAGAGAAGCCCUAGUUGAAAAUGGAGAAGACUACACUGAUCGACCAGUUGUGCCCAUAUUUCAGGAAUUAACUGGCAAUAAAGGUCUUGUGAUGACGAACGGUUCUCCAUGGAGACACCAGAGGAGGUUUGCUCUUCACACUCUCAGGAACUUUGGUUUGGGUAAGAAGACUCUGGAGCUGUGCAUCCAGCAGGAGUGUCACUAUCUCACUGAGGCUCUAGCGCUUCACCAAGGAAAGCCUUUGAGUGCUAACUCACUCAUCAACAGUGCUGUGUCCAACAUCAUUUCCUGCCUGGUGUUUGGGGAGAGAUUCGAGUACAGUGACAAGCAGUUCCAGUACAUAUUGAAGAACAACAAUGACACAGUGCAUGAAAUGGGAAGUUUGUGGAUUCAGGUCUUCAAUGCGCUGCCCUGGUUGAUGAAGUGGCUGCCUGGACCUCACAAGAGAAUAGUUGCAAUGUCACAGGAGACAAUUGACUUUGCAAAGUUUAAGAUCAAAGAGCACAAAGAAACCCUGGACCCCUCCUCACCCAGAGACUAUAUUGACUCCUUCCUCAUAGAAAUGGGAGAGAAGGAGGAUUGGGAUUUAGGUUUUGAAUUGGAAAACUUAUGUGCUUGCACAAUGGACCUGUUUGGUGCUGGAACUGAAACUACUACCACUACUUUACACUGGGGACUGUUGUACAUGAUCUACUACCCUCACAUACAAGAGCGAGUCCAGGCUGAGAUAGAUGCUGUGGUUGGUUCCUCCAGACAACCUUCUGCGUCUGACAGAGACAACAUGCCCUACACUAAUGCUGUCAUCCAUGAGAUCCAGAGAUUUGGUGACAUCGUACCAGUUGGUGUGUUUCGCAUGACAAACAAAGACACUAUCCUCAAGAACUACACAAUCCCAAAGGGCACCAUAAUCUUACCUUUACUAAACUCUGUCCUACAUGAUGAGUCAACAUGGGAAACUCCACACUCCUUCAACCCUCAACACUUUCUAGACCAGGAUGGUAAAUUUAGGAAGAGAGAGGCUUUCCUUCCCUUUGCAGCAGGUAAGCGUGUGUGUCUCGGGGAACAACUGGCCAGGAUGGAGCUGUUCCUCUUCUUCACCUCCCUCCUUCAGAGGUUUUCCUUCUCACCAGCUCCUGGAGAGCAGCCCAGUCUGGAGUUCAAGCUGGGAGCGACUCGCUACCCAAAACCUUACCACCUCUGUGCUGUACCACGAUGAAUAGUCAGAAAAUGAACCAUCUUGUGUUAUAACAGAACAAAAAAAAACAACGUUUAAUCCCCUUCAAAUAUGAUUUGAUACUUUGUUUUAUGAUGAUAGAUUUCUGAGUUGCAAUAUUAAUAAAUCAAUGACAAUUUUAUGAUA